CCCGGUGCAUCCUGGGACUGGCUGCUCUGAGAUCAGCUGCGAGUCGACGGAUCUGGCUUUAACUGCGAGGAGAGCCUUAAGGCGAUCGGCGUGCCGUCUUGGUUUUUAGUGGCUUAUUUGGGGUCAACCCCGUUAGAAGCGGCUUGACAGCGUGGUAGCCCCUCUCGGACUUGUGGGGCAGGAAGUUUGAUCCGCCGGGUCGGGUGUGGGGGGGUCCCUGCCGACCGCGACGUCGCCCCGUCGAUGCCUUUCUGCUUUUCCAUCGCCGACCGUUCAGGUCUCGUGCGUGCUCGUCGUGCCCCUGGUGUGGGCCAGGUAGCCUGGGCCUGUAGCCCAAGACUUUCACCAAACGGUUCCCUUGGUCGCAGCCCACAGGCUAGAAAUAGCCCCCCCCCCCCCCCGCGACUGCAACCGGUAGCUGAGGCCAGAAGUCGGCGUUGUGAAAGACGAAACCGAGCCAACCCGCCGAUAAGCCCGACCACUUCCUCAGCACCAUCCACCCAGUGGCGGUUCAAAGUCGUCCAGGGUCCGGGCCUGCUGCUGUAAAACGACGGAAGCGUUUAUGGAGUCAGGGACCGACUUCCUAGUUGCAGUCUUUAGCCACGACGUGUACCGUCUACCCCUGUAGAAACCGGUCUGCAGGGUUCUGAACAUGCUCGGUAUGUCAGAUGAAGAUUCCCGUGCCAGCACCAGCUCUUCGUCCUCUUCAUCUUCAACUCAUCAUCAUCAUCAGCAACAGCCGCAGCAGGACACCAACACCCUGAAGAAAAGAGAAAGCAAAGCCAGCAUGAGCAAGACUUCCAAACUCCUCUCUACUAGUGCUAAGAGAAUUCAAAAGGAAUUGGCGGACAUAACAUUGGAUCCACCACCAAACUGCAG